CGGAAGGAAGCGGCUCGGCUGCAGGCUGAGGCCGGGGAGCAGCCUGGACGGAAGGAAUGUGUGAUGAGGGCGCCCGGUGUCCCGGCUGGUAUGGCUCUGCUUGGUGUGUGGGGUUGUGCUCUCUCCUCUACGCCCUCACACAGAGGGGGAGCGGAGACACCGAGGUGCGGCAGCCGCUCAUCUCACCUCCCCGCUGGCGGCCGGAGCACUCCCAGAGAGCCAGAUACAAUGUUCCUGUAAAACAAGGCCUGGACACUAUGCACCUAGCUGUUGUGGCUUGUGGUGGUAGACUGGAAGAGACGAUUACAAUGCUGAAAUCUGCACUUCUUUUUAGUAGAAAACCUCUUCAGUUUCACAUCUUUGCUGAGGAUCAGUUGCACAGUGACUUUACCACAAUUCUAAACAGCUGGGGGAAUGCAAAGAAAUUUAAAUAUACUUUGUACCCCAUAUCUUUUCCACCGGAAAAUGCAGCAGAAUGGAGAAAACUCUUCAAGCCCUGUGCAUCACAAAGACUGUUCCUGCCGUUAAUACUAAAGGAUGUGGAUUCGUUAUUGUAUGUCGACACGGACAUACUAUUCUUGCGUCCUAUGGAUGAUAUUUGGUCUUUCUUGAAGGAGUUCAAUUCUACUCAAAUUGCUGCUAUGGCCCCUGAACAUGAAGAGCCCCGCAUAGGAUGGUAUAACCGCUUUGCUCGGCAUCCAUAUUACGGAAAGACUGGCAUUAACUCUGGAGUUAUGUUAAUGAACAUGACUCGUAUUCGAAUGAAACACUUUAAGAAUGACAUGACAACAGUUCGUCUGCACUGGGAGAAAUCCUUAUGCCAUUGCUGAAAAAGUACAAGUUAAAUAUCACUUGGGGAGAUCAGGAUCUACUUAAUAUUAUCUUCUCUCACAACCCAGAAAGCCUUUACAUCUUCCCGUGUCAGUGGAAUUAUCGUCCUGAUCACUGCAUCUAUGGAAGUAAUUGUAAAGAAGCUGAAGAUGGUAUUUUUAUUUUACAUGGGAACAGAGGAGUGUACCAUGACGAUAAACAGCCAGCCUUUAGAGCGGUGUAUGAAGCACUACGUAAUUAUUCCUUUGGAGAUGACCUCAUCCGCUCUUUAUUAUAUCCCUUAGAACUGGAAUUGCAGAAAACUGUGCACACAUACUGUGGCAAGAUAUACAAACUGUUCACCAGACAGCUGACAAAUAGCAUUGACGACUUUUAUGCACAGAGAUCAAAUGCAAGGUGA